AUGAGAUUACAGAGAUACAGCAUUAACGUUGUUUAUAAGAAAGGAUCUAGUUUAGUGUCGGCAGAUACGUUGUCUAGAGCACCACUCUCUAGUGUACACAAUAGGAAACAGAACAAUUUUGAUGCGUUCAGACUGGAAGUUGAACGACUUGAUGCCUUAGCAAAUCCGCAGCUUCUACCAAAGACGACGAUAAGUCUUCAGGCUACAACAGCGAAAGAUCCCAAUGUAGCUCAGCUGUUGAAGGUGAUUUUGUCAGGGUACCCCGAUAUAAAGUCUCACCUUCCAGGCUGUGUUAAGCCAUACUGGUGUUUUCAUGAUGAAAUGUCUGUUCACAAUGGUGUAAUUUAUCGUGGUAGUCAAGCUGUUAUCCCAAAGUCCAUGAGCAGACAGAUGUUGACAAAGAUUCACGCAUCGCAUGCAGGCGCAGAGAGUAACAUACGAAUGGCGAAGGAUAUUGUUUACUGGCCUGGAAUGCAACCUGAAAUUAAAGAUAUGUGUCAAAAUUGUGGACAAUGUGCUCAAUUUGGAAUAGAGAAUACAAGAGAGCCCGUGAAAUCACAACCUAUCCCAAAAUAUCCGUGGCAAUUUGUAAGUCAGGAUAUAUUCCAGUUUGAAUCAAGUAGUUAUGUCGUUACAGUUGAUCAUUAUUCUGACUUUAUUGAACUUGGCGAGUUGGAUAACACGUUAUCAUAA